UCUUACAUUCUUAAUUUCUCCAAAAAAAAACAUGAAUCCCAAGCUCAUUUGUUUCUCUCUUUUCAUUGCAGCCUUAGCAUCUAACCAUUUCUUGGCUCUACAUGUCUUGUUCUUCGAGUAUCUCAAUAAUUUUAACCCUAAAACAUUCUCAUUACCUCUUUUUUCAACUCUAAUCUCACACCAUCACCAUCACCAUCACCAUGAUGGAAAGAAAAUAAUAAAAUCGAUUUGUGAUGAUUUUCCGCCCGAUAUUCCUCCUCCCGAUACCAACACGACGUCGUUCAUCUGUGUCGACCGUAAUGGUUGCUGUAACUUUACCACAGUUCAAGCUGCAGUUGAUGCUGUAGGAGUUUUGAGUCCCAAAAGAACCAUCGUUUGGAUCAAUAUUGGGAUUUAUUUUGAGAAAGUUAUAGUGCCAAAAACAAAACCUAACAUCACAUUUCAAGGGCAAGGCUAUACUUCAACAGCAAUUGUGUGGAAUGAUACAGCAAACUCCUCUCAUGGCACAUUCUACAGUGCUUCCGUGCAAGUUUUUGCUACCAACUUCAUUGCCAACAACAUAAGUUUUAUGAACGUGGCUCCGAUGCCUGGCCCGGGUGUGGUCGGAGCACAAGCUGUCGCCAUUAGAGUAGGAGGAGAUCAAGCAGCCUUCUGGGGUUGCGGUUUCUUUGGAGCACAAGACACACUACACGACGAUAGGGGUCGACAUUACUUCAAGGAUUGCUAUAUCCAAGGUUCAAUAGAUUUCAUCUUUGGCAAUGGAAAGUCAUUUUAUGAGAAUUGUCGUAUAAUCUCUAUCGCCAGCCCAGUCCCGGUUGGAGCAAGAGUCAUCAAUGGGGCAGUGACUGCCCAUGGUCGGGCAUCCAAAGACGAAAAUAGUGGCUUUGCUUUUGUGAAUUGUAGCGUGGGAGGAACGGGAAGAAUUUGGCUUGGACGAGCAUGGAGGCCAUUCUCUACCGUCGUAUUUUCUCUCACAAGUAUGACCGAUAUAAUUGCUCCCGAGGGAUGGAACGACUUCAAUGACCCUACUAGAGACCAGAGCAUCUUUUAUGGAGAAUACAAUUGCUCAGGUCCAGGAGCUAAUUUGACAUUUAGGGCACCUUAUGUCCAGAGACUCAAUGACACACAAGCUUCUCCAUUUCUCAAUGUUUCUUUCAUUGACGCUGAUCAAUGGUUGCAACCAUAUAUGUAAUACAACUAUCACUACAAGAAAUUUCACGAUUGAUUCCGCUUUUGCU